UGCGCAACGUGACGUUCCCCGCUGCGCACAUGCGCUGUGAGCCGUCGCUGGCUGGCGGUUUCUACGCGACUCCACCCCUCCGACAGACGAAGGCAUGGCGAGCACCGAGGCUAGAAGGGAGUGUGAGACAGAGGACUGCAGCAAGGACGCCAAGCUCCAGUGUCCCACAUGUAUCAAGCUCGGCAUUGACGGCUCCUAUUUCUGUUCCCAGGAAUGUUUCAAAGGGAGCUGGGUGUCUCACAAGUUGCUGCACAAAAAAGCAAAGGACGACAAGAACCAGAAUGAAUCCAAGAACUGUGUGGAGAAUGACAUCAACACAGACCCGUGGCCCGGCUACCGCUACACGGGGCAACUACACCCUCAUUACCCACUGACUCCCAUGAGGCACGUGCCCGGUGACAUCCAAAGACCCGACUAUGCCGAUCACCCCAGAGGGAUAUCUGAAUCGGAGCAGUCCCUGAAGGGGACGUCGCAGAUCAAGAUCCUCUGUCCUGAAGACAUCGAGGGCAUGCGAGUCGUGUCCAAGCUGGCACGUGAAGUCCUGGACAUCGCAGCCCUGAUGGUGAAAGUGGGCGUAACGACAGAGGAAAUCGACCACGCUGUGCACCUGGCUUGCACAGCCAGGAGCUGCUACCCCUCCCCCCUCAACUACUACAACUUCCCCAAAUCCUGCUGCACAUCUGUCAAUGAAGUCAUCUGCCAUGGCAUCCCAGACCGAAGACUAUUACAAGAAGGAGACAUUCUCAACGUGGACAUCACCGUCUACCACAACGGUUUCCAUGGCGACCUCAAUGAAACCUUCUAUAUCGGCGAGGUGGACGAAGAGGCAAAGAAGCUGGUGCAGACCACAUACGAAUGCCUUAUGCAGUCCAUCGACUCGGUGAAGCCCGGCAUUCGAUACAGAGAACUAGGCAACAUCAUUCAGAAGCACGCGCAGGCCAACGGCUUCUCUGUGGUGCGGAGCUACUGCGGCCACGGCAUCCAUCGACUUUUCCACACCGCUCCCAAUGUGCCACAUUACGCCAAAAACAAAGCAGUUGGAGUAAUGAAGCCCGGCCACGUGUUCACCAUUGAGCCCAUGAUAUGUGAAGGUGGUUGGCAAGACGAGACGUGGCCCGACGGCUGGACGGCGGUGACCAGAGACGGGAAGCGCUCGGCUCAGUUCGAACACACGCUGCUGGUCACAGAGACCGGCUGCGAAAUCCUCACCCGCCGCAUGGAGGACAACGGGCGCGCUCACUUCCUCAACCAGGUGUAGGCCGGACUGCAGCGCACCAAGGACUGACACCCAGCACCUCUGGGCCUCACACAAGCGCACGCACACACACACACACACAUAAACAUACACCACACACACACACUCUCCAUCUCAGAGGCACCGCCCCUUGAGCUCAGUUUAACUGCGGCGCUCAUUGUUCUUUGAAUUAAAUAUCAGUUCCUCAAAUUAAAUGGAAGUACUUGAAUGUGUCUUAUAUUACCCGUGGAUCGCUUUAUUAGUGACAACUGUAUCCUUUGAAGGAAACAUGAACGUAUUCAUGAGACUUGGUUUCGCUUAGUGGUUCAGGCUCGACAUCAGGCCUGUUUUCGACCUCUGGGUUGUGUCACCCAGUGUUUCUUACUGGCUGGCUAGUUGUUGUCUGUGGUGUGUGUGUGUAUGUGUGUGUGUGAUGCUCAGGGCAAAUCCAACUAGUACGCCGUGCUUCGCUUCUUUUCUCAACCUCUGCUAACUUAAUCCCAAUUCAUAUGAUUUUCCCAGAGACGGAUCGAAAAGAAUCAGCAAUACUAAAGACCAGAGUGAGGCUCCCUGGACUCGGGCAACACGUUGCUCAGCCUCAAUCAGUCUGAUUUCAGAGCAAGACAAUAACAUUAGGUUGAAAAAUAUUUGACUUAGUUUUCCCUCUUUUUUUUACACUAUGGUUUAAACGGUUAAAAAAAACCUUAUAGCCCGUUGAUGGAGUUUGGAGGUGGAUUUGUUUGCUCUGAACAGCCAAGCUUACGGUUUCUCGUCUAUAUUUUAGGCUACGCUAAGGUAACCCCUCCUGGUUGUAACCUACUUAAUUUACAGAUACGACAGUUGUGUUACUCGGCAACUACUUAUCAGAAGCAAAGCAAAAUUGGUACAUUAUCAAAAAAUACAACAUUUCUGUACAGCCUGGUAAAUCAAAUGAAUCGAUAGUUGUCUUGCUCCUCGUUGGCGAACCACAGCACAGGGGCAACUCACGGUCCCGUCUACCUGCUGACGUGUGCAGUAGCGGCACCUGUUACUCUUCACUGAAUUGUCCUGUGCAGCUGGAAUGUGGCUAUUGGCACACAGCCACCGAGCGAUCGGCAUAGAUCCCCAGGAUGAGACGCUGAGCCGUUGACCCCGUUGACCCCGUUGACCCCGCUCCGGGGAAGUCUCCCUCUGUGUCUCGCGUGCUCCACAGCCCCGGUGUAGCAAAUUGAGCCUUAAUGUGUGAAACUAGGAAUGAAAAACUCGGCGGGUAUCUCCAAGGCACGUUAACCCCUCAUCUCGAUGGUCACCAUUUACCUUGACGUGGGGCGUUCUCUCCCCCCGGUGUGAGCAGCGUUUUUAUUCUUUCCGUUAUAAGAGGACUAAUGUGAUCACCGUUUCCUCUGCCAUCUUUGUAUUUCUUCUAAUGGAGUAAUAAAUGACUCUUCUGUAUCUCUGCGUGGGCGGGUUUGUCCUGGGAAGCGCCGGUGAUCUGAAUCCCGAAAGUGUUUUUUUUUUAUUACUAGAAAGGACCGUCUGUGUACCCGGGAGCCUUAAUGCCCUUUUUAAACAAAGUGGAGUACGAAGCUGCAUUUGAGAUUUUAUUAUGACACUUGGUUUACUUCACGCUACGUUAACUGUGAAUGUAUCGGUUCCCCUUCAGCUUCAUGACGUUACAAUGUGGGUUCUCUGCUUCUCUGAACAUACAUGACUCCAUUCAGGGCCCAGAGAGCUGACCAAUACAUGGUGAUUCAUGCCGUGGAGGUGUUUGGGGUCAUUAACCGCUCGUAAGGUGACUUCUCAAGGUCCGCUUCAUUGAUAUUACAUCACGUUUUGCAGAAAUAUGCCAUUUCUUUUUCUUUUUUAAACUGAGGGAGAGAGAACAAAUCAUUUGUUUACAUACAUGUAUUUUAACGUAAUUUUUUUCUCAUGUAUUUAAAAAAAGAAAUAAAAACUGACGUCGAGGAGUUUUAUAUUUUUCAUGACAACUGUUUCAUUACACCCUGUCACUUCCUCAAUAAAGGCUUCACUGUAA